ACAAAGAAAAUGUUCAGCUUGUUUGGCUCCAUGUUUGUGUGAGCAGAGUUUCUCUGUGCUGAACUUCAACAAGAACUGCUGAGAUCCAGGCUGAGCGACUUCACCUACGUGACCUUUGACACACAUCUCCCACUGCUCUGGAGCCACACCUGCCCUGUGUACCUGUGUGCCCUUCACAUCAGUGUCAGCAGCUCACCUGUUGCUCUGUGAUCAGAAUCACACAGCAGCAUUUUACAGUUUCUGGAUGUUUAAAUUUCAGCUGUAAAUUCAGAGCUUUCUGCUCCACAUUUGGUUCCUUCAUGUUUGUUAGCUGCAUGGAAAUGAAAGCAUUAAAUAAUAUUUAGAUGCAUCUCUGAUUCCUUUAAAUAUUGUCAUUAUGGACUGCUGGCCCUCGGGCAUGUUCACGUUGUCAAAUCUGGCCCUCCUUGAAAAAAGUUUGGACACCCCUGCUAUAGAAUGACCUCCAACGUCCAACCAGCAGCGUUAAAUACUACUGGGGCUUUAGAACCCCAUUUUAAUCCCGUACUUUGGGAGGUGGGUACCCUCUGGCUCAGGAGGAACAUUUGUGUGACAUACAGCAUCUAUUUAAAAUAAAAGCAUGUUAGCACUCCUGUUGUCUGUAGUUUCAGUCCUCAGUGAGCCGUAACCCUGAGUCAGACCCUAAAACUAUAUGUUAUGAAAGCACCUGUACAGACCAGGCAAGAAGAUGAUCCCUGUGGUAAUCAUGACCUCUGACCCCACAGAGUUCAGUCAGGGAAUGAUCCUUCCCACUGCAGACGCACUGAAGCAGCCUUCACCUGUGCCGGCCAAGAAGAAUGAGGUCAAGACCAAUAGAACUCGGAUUAGCCCCAAGUGCUCCUCCAGAGCUGCCCCCUGUCCCACAAGUGUUGGCCGAACCUGCAGUUUUAAUCUGAAGGAAACUUUCCAGACCAGCACUGAUGAACUCUACAGGACCUUCAUCAGCCAAGAGUUCGUGCAGGCAUUCACACACUCGCCAGCGGAGGUGGACGGUCGCUGUGGGGGGAAAUUCCAGCUGCUGGACGGGAAUGUCAGCGGAGAGUUCACGCAACUGGUGCCAGAUCAGAGGAUUGGGAUGAGGUGGCGGUUCAGGACAUGGCCCAACAAGCACUAUGCUACCGUGAAUCUGGAGUUGGAGGACCGGGGAGACGACACGGAGCUGAGGCUGGAGUGCCAAGGAGUCCCAGUGGAGGAGGAGGACUCUACCAGGCAGGGCUGGAUCCGCUUUUACCUCCAGGCCAUCAAACAGACAUUUGGGUACUGAGAGAUCUGCGAACCCUGGGACUUGUCUGGCAGGCUGAGGGGGAACGGCAGUUGGGAAGAGCUCUCAGUAGAAGAGUGAACAGGCUUCCUGUCUCAGGGAGGCGUCAUACGACUCCACAGAUUCAAAGGAACAAUGCAGCCACAAAGCUCCAAGAGAAGACUUUCUGUAGAGGUUUGACUCACGGUGUUAAUAAAUGACUUCUCUCA